GAGCCGGCGGGCCUGUCUCAGUGGUCCGUGGUCAUGGCGCGGUUCGCCGAGCGGCAGGCGCGGCAGGGCCGGCGCCUGGUGCUCGUCACGUCCGGGGGGACCAAGGUGCCGCUGGAGGCGCGGCCCGUGCGCUUCCUGGACAACUUCAGCAGCGGGCGGCGCGGAGCCGGCUCGGCCGAGGCCUUCCUGGCGGCCGGCUACGCCGUCCUCUUCCUGCACCGCGCACGGUCCGCCUUCCCCUUCGCCCACCGCUUCCCGCCGCAGGCCUGGCUGCCCGCCCUGCGCCUGGCCGAACCCGGGACCGAGGGCGGGGCCGAACCACCGCCUCAAGCCCAGCCUCAGCCCGAGCCUCGGCCCUCGGCCCAACCCCAGCCGUCGCCUCAGGCCUUGGCCCGUUCUCAGGCCUUGGCCCGUUCUGAAGCCUCACCUCAGGCCUUGUCCAGUCCUCAGGCCUCGCCCCAUCCUCACGCCUCGCCUCAGGCCUCGGCCCAUCCUCAGGCCGUGCCCCAUCCUCAGUACUCGCCCCAGGCCUCGUCUAGCCCUCAGGCCUUGUCCCAAUCUCAGGCCUCAUCCUAUCCUCAGGCCUUGUCCCAUCCUCACGCCUCGUCCCAUCCUCAGGCCUCGUCCCAUCCUCAGGCCUCGCCUCAGGCCCUGUCAAGUCCUCAGGCCUCGUCUAGUCCUCAGGCCUUGUCCCGUCCUCAGGCCUCGCCUCAGGCCUUGUCUAGUUCUCAGGCCUCACCUCAGGCCUCGUCCCAUCCUCAGGCCUCGCCUCAGGCCUUGUCCCGUCCUCAGGCCUCAUCUCAGGCCUCGCCUCAGGCCUCGUCCCAUCCUCAGGCCUCGUCCCAUCCUCAGGCCUCGCCUCAGGCCUCGUCCCACCCUCAGGCCUCGCCUCAGGCCAUGUCCCACCCUCAGGCCUCGCCUCAGGCCUUGUCCCACCCUCAGGCCUUGCCUCAGGCCUUGUCCCAUCCUCAGGCCUCGCCUCAGGCCAUGUUCCAUCCUCAAGCCUCGCCUCAGGCCUCGUCCCACCCUCAGGCCUCGCCUCAGGCCUCGUCCCACCCUCAGGCCUCGCCUCAGGCCAUGUCCCACCCUCAGGCCUCGCCUCAGGCCUUAUCCCACCCUCAGGCCUCACCUCAGGCCUUGUCCCACCCUCAGGCCUUGCCUCAGGCCUUGUCCCAUCCUCAGGCUUCGCCUCAGGCCUUGUCUAGUCCUCAGGCCUUGUCCCAUCCUCAGGCCUCGCCUCAGGCCUCGUCCCAUCCUCAGGCCUCGCCUCAGGCCCCAUCCCAUCCUCAGGCCUCGCCUCAGGCCAUGUCCCAUCCUCAGGCCUCGCCUCAGGCCUCGUCCCAUCCUCAGGCCUCGCCUCAGGCCAUGUCCCAUCCUCAGGCCUCGCCUCAGGCCUCGUCCCAUCCUCAGGCCUCGCCUCAGACCUCGUCCCGCCCUCAGGCCCGGUCAAGGGCCUCGGGCCCGGGCCCCGUGCUGCGGCUGGAGGCGGAGGCGGCGGCCCUGCCGGGCUUCGCGGCGGCCCUGCGGAGCUACCAGGAGGCGGCGGCCAACGGCACCUUCCUGGCGGUGGAGUUCACCACGCUGGCCGACUACCUCUACCUGCUGCAAGCCGCCGCCCGGGCGCUCAGCCCGCUCGGUUCCUCAGCGAUGUUUUAUCUGGCAGCGGCCGUGUCCGAUUUCUACGUCCCUGCGUCUGAAAUGCCGCAACACAAGAUCCAGUCCUCGGCAGGGCCUCUACAGAUAACAAUGAAGAUGGUGCCGAAAAUGCUCUCCCCUCUGAUUAAAGACUGGGCGCCCAGGGCGUUCGUCAUCUCCUUCAAGCUGGAGACCGACCCCGCGAUCGUCAUCGAUCGCGCGCGGAAGGCCCUGGAGACGUACAGUCACCAAGUGGUGGUGGCCAAUGUCCUGGAAUCGCGGCGAACCUCCGUCGUCGUGGUCACCAGAGACUCGGAGACGCCGCUGUCGCUCACGGACGAAGAGCUGGAGGACGGGAUCGAAAUAGAAGAGAAGAUCGUGAGCACUCUGCGGGCUCAGCACACCGCUUUUAUGAACGAAAGACACGCACGCCAAGAGCCGGCGUGUGCUCUGUCUGAAACUUAACCGACGGUGACUUGGAAAGGGAGGCGGGAGCCAAAACAGGAGUCCUUUGACGUCUCAAGGACGGAGGAUCUGCUGUAAGGGGAAAAGUAAUCCUGUAUAUAGAAAAAUGUAUAGAACGGGCAAGGCGGUGUGAAUUUUUUUGGGGGGGGUGGGUCGUCUUAAAACUGUCCAGGACUUAUUAAAAAUGUAAAUGAAAAUGA